UUCUUUCUUUCUUUCUUUCUUUCUUUCUUUCUUUCUUUCUUUCUUUCUUUCUUUCUUUCUUUCUUUCUUUCUUUCUUUUUUCUUUCUUUCUUUCUUCUUUCUCUCUCUCUUUCUUUCUUCCUUCCUUUCUUUCUUUCUUUCUUUUCCUGAAGGAAGCAUUGUGAAAGGUUGACUGCUUUGUUCAAGUUUUAAUGUUAGGAUUUAACACACCCGGGUCCUGUCCUGAUCGAGGGGAGAAAGUGGGGGAAAGCAGCUAAGCACAGGCGUUCAUUCCUCUUUCUCUGCUUCUUCAUCAUUGAUCAAUCUGCUCCCAACACCUGCCUUCCCUACCACAAGAGACCAAAUUCCUCAACUGUAUUAGUUAGUUUUCCGGUUGCCGCUCUAAAAUGCCCUGACAAAAGCAACUUGCAGGAAAACGGCUUCAUUUUGGUUCAGUCCCUGAUGGUGAGGAAGUCAUGGUGUCAGGCAUUCGAGGUGGCUUCUCCCGGUGCAUUCCUGGUCAGGAAGCAGCCAGUUUUGCCCAUUAGACACAGUCUGGGACCCCAGCCCUAGGAACGGCACCACCCAUAUCCAGGGUGGGUCUUGCUUGACAGAUUACUCUGAUUAGCCCAGAGGCUUAUCUCUUAGACAUCCUAAAUUCUAGCAGGUUGACAUUAACCACCAUACCUGCCUUUCACUUCAACAUUCCAUUUGGAUUAUGCCUGUGCUCUUCAGAAGGAUAUCUUGCUUCAGGGGCGGCUGUACCUUUCAGAAAACUGGCUGUGUUUCCAUAGCAACAUUUUCAGAUGGGAAACUACAAUUUCUAUUGCCUUAAAGAAUAUAACGUUUAUGACCAAGGAGAAAACUGCUCGACUCAUCCCAAACGCUAUCCAGAUCAUCACAGAGGGCGAAAAGUUUUUCUUUACAUCUUUUGGUGCCAGAGAUAGAAGUUACCUGAGCAUUUUUAGGCUGUGGCAGAAUGUAUUAUUAGAUAAGAGUCUGACCAGACAGGAGUUCUGGCAAUUGCUUCAGCAGAACUAUGGCACGGAGCUGGGCUUAAAUGCUGAAGAAAUGGAAAAUUUGUCAUUAUCCAUUGAAGAAAAUGUGCAGCCAAGAAGCCCCGGAAGAAGCAGUGUGGAUGACGCUGGGGAGAGAGAUGAAAAGUUCUCCAAGGCCACCAGCUUUCCACAGGAGCCAACCAGCCGAGUCUCAGACACAGAGCCACCGGAUGGGAACUCACCGAAAAGAGGAUUAGGAAAAGAGGAGUCCCAGAGUGAGAAACGUGUGAAAAAAAGCCCUUCAGUAGAUUCAGAAAAGAGGUUAAGUAGAACAUCCUCCAAAUCACUGGACUUGAAUAAAAAUGAGUACCUUUCUCUGGACAAAGGCAGCACUUCAGAUUCUGCAGACGAAGAAAGUAUUCCUGAGAAUGAUCUUCAAGGAAGACUUCAUAUCAACCGUGUCUUUCACAUCAGUGCCGAGAGAAUGUUUGAAUUGCUCUUCACUAGCUCACGCUUUAUGCAGAGAUUUGCUAAUUCUAGAAAUAUAAUAGAUGUGGUAUCCAGCCCCUGGACAGUUGAGUCUGGAGGUGACCAGCUGAGAACCAAGACCUACACUGUGGUCCUCAGCAACCCGCUGACUGGAAAAUACACGGCUGCCACGGAAAAGCAGACGCUGUAUAAAGAGAGUCGGGAGGCACAAUUUUAUUUAGUGGAUGCAGAAGUGCUGAUACACGAUGUCCCCUACCAUGACUACUUCUACACUGUGACGAGAUACUGUAUCGUCCGAGCUGCAAAGCAGAGAUGCAGGAUGAGAGUUUCCACAGACUUGAAGUUCAAGAAACAACCAUGGGGCCUUAUCAAGUCUUUAAUUGAGAAGAAUACCUGGAGUUUAAUGGAUAGCUAUUUCAAACAGCUUGAAUCAGAUUUGUUAAUGGAAGAGUCUGCGUUAAAUCAGUCCAUUGAAGACCCUGGAAAACUUAGUAGCCUACGGCGGAGAAGGCGGACCUUGAACCGAACAACAGAGACGGUUCCAAAGUUGACUUCUCCGCAUUCUUCUACAGAUUCAGCCUACGAGGCCAAAGGAGAUGUUACAGGGAAGAGAAAGACUGUGGACAGCUGUGACACGGCUCUUAUUGUGGUGAUGAGUGUAUUUUUGCUGCUGCUGGUUCUGCUGAAUGUGACACUGUUUCUGAAGUUGUCAAAGAUAGAGCAUGCUGCUCAGUCCUUCUACCAGCUUCACCUCCAAGAAGAGAAAUCUUUAAACUUAGUCUCUGAUAGGUUCUCAAGAACAGAAAAUAUUCAGAACAAAGACCAUGCCCACCAUUUAAAAGGAGUGCUUCAAGAUUCCAUAGUGAUGUUGGAACAGCUGAAGAGCUCACUCAUUAUGCUUCAGAAAACCUUUGAUUUACUGAAUAAGAACAAGAGCGGGGUGGCAGUGGAGAGCUAGUGCUGAGCUGUGGGAAUCGAAGAGACACCUGGGCCUAGAAGACAACAUCUGGAAGGAAACGAGGACGAAGACUCUCACUGUCGCAGGACAUUUCUAAUAUUUUUAUUACCAGGAUUCCUACUAGGAAAACCUUAUUUAAAUAACAUUUACUUGAUGGUUACUCUCAAAUAGCCUUAAGACUCUAUCUUUUUACUUCUUAUAGAGAUUUUUUUAAGCUGUGAACUUCUCCAGUGAACCAUGAAAUAUAUUUUGGAAUUGAAAUUCUGAGACACAAAAGGGGAAGGAAGACACUCUGGGUCCUGUGGCUUCUCUUCUAUAGUGAGGCCUGUUGUUGAUCAUUUAAACUUGUUAGUGGAGCCCCUGUGUGCCCAGUGGGUUGUGUUUCAUAGCUGAGUUUAAGAGCCUAAAAAGCUAAAGAAGAAACCCCUCAAUCAUUUCUCACUUUCAAGGAUCAUUUUCCAAGCGCAUACAUUCCAGGUUUUGUGUCUUUGCAUUUUACAGUGUCUUAACUGACUUGGCAUGCCAAAGCCAAAGGCAUUGCUAACAACAUUUCUGAGAAGCCUGUAGGGAAUGAAAAUACUGACUAAAGGGAAAGGGUUUCUCUCCAUGAGUCCCAGCUCAUCUCCCAGGGGUGGGGUAUAGAGUAAUAACUCCUGUUGUUUUGUUUCUGAUAAGGACAUAUGAAGUAUCCGGCAGUGAGCAAGAGUGACUGGAUCAGAACCUUGCAAACGUUAACUGUCAAAGUGAAUGUUUUUGUGGUUUCUCUCAAACUACUUCAUAAUAUACCUCAAAGAUUACCCAUGUUGCUUUGUAGAUACAAUACUAAAUAUGUGUUCAGAACUAAUAAAUUCUGAAUCUGUUAUAAAGAUUGACUUCAGUAAAACCCAAAA